AAAGCUGCACAUCUGCAGAAGUUGUUGGUGCUGUUGAUGUGAACACUCUUGCCAAUGAAGUUUAUAAGCACAACUUUCCCGGGACACCAUUAUGGGCAAAGACAAUUGAGGGCAUAACACUGAAAGAAUUUGACAGAUUAUCUUUCGAUAUGAUUUUGAUGAGUCCUCCCUGUCAACCAUUUACAAGAAUUGGGCUGCAAGGUGACAUAUCUGAUCCACGGACAAAGAGCUUUCUCUAUAUCCUUGAUGUUCUCCCAAGGCUCCAGAAGCUUCCAAAAUACCUACUUUUAGAAAAUGUUAAAGGAUUUGAAUCCUCUUCUGCAAGAAAUGAACUUUUGCGAACAUUAGAAAUAUGUGGAUUUAAAUAUCAAGAAUUUCUCCUGUCUCCAACCUGUCUUGGCAUUCCCAAUUCUAGGCUGCGAUAUUUUCUAAUUGCAAAGCUUCACCAAGAACCAUUUUCCUUUCAAGCUCCUGGUCAGAUAUUGACAAGAUUCCCAGAUCAGGAUCAAGAAGACUUAUUCAAGGAUGAAGUCACUAACAAAGUGGAUGAAGCUAGCUGUUCCUUGUCUUCUGAAGAGAAGAAUCUGGAUCCAAACGUUGGUCCUGAUUGCAGCAGCAAGAAGAGUUUACCAAAAGGGCCCUUUCUUUUUAAGCUUGAAACAGUAGAAGAAAUGGAAAGGAAACACGGUCAGGACAAUGAUUCCUCUAUUCAAAUGCUGAAAGGUUUCUUGGAAGAUGAAAAUGAAGAAAUGAGUCAGUAUUUUUUACCACCCAAGUCCUUACUGCGCUAUGCUUUCUUGUUAGACAUUGUUAAGCCCACCUGCCGGAGAUCCACAUGCUUUACAAAAGGGUAUGGACACUAUGUAGAAGGGACAGGCUCGGUUCUGCAGACAGCAGUAGAUGUACAGCUUGAAUCAGUCUUUAAACACAUUGAGGAGUUACCAGAAGAAGAGAAGCUUAUGAAAUUGUCAACACUAAAACUGAGGUACUUUACCCCAAGAGAAAUAGCAAAUCUUCAUGGAUUCCCUCUGGAAUUUGGCUUUCCUGACAAAGUAACAAUAAAGCAACGCUACCGUCUUCUGGGAAACAGCCUCAAUGUACACGUGGUGGCAAAAUUGAUCUCCAUUCUACUUGGAUAAUUAGAACCUGAAUCUGAUGAGUACGGACUGCUGACAGAACAUACUUCCAUCUUCCAAGAGAAAGCUGAUGGCAGCUGAACAAAAACUAUAGCUUACCAAAAUAUCUCUCCAGACAUUUUGCUGAAUGGUUCUGAUAUAUUUUUAAUACUUUGCUUUUAUGGUGGAUUUGCAUUGUAGAG